UAACAAAAAUGUUGCCUCACCUUUGUAAUGAACAUCCUUAUACAUCGUUGGACAUGCUUUUCCGUUGGGCUGUUUACUACGAAAGUCGAUGUUUGUUCUCACAGGUCGAUGUAAAAGCGGUUGAGGUGGUCGGAAAUUAUUUCCGAGUGGUGCCUUUGGAUGGUCGGGACCGCCCUGCAUUAACCGUCGCAGUGCAUAAGAAUUCAUCAACCACAUCACAGUCGCGAAAGUGGAAUUUAUGUGAAACCGCAUAAUAACGUCACCACUAUCACCACAAAAUCGAGUACAGACAUGAGAUUAACAUCACCCAUUGUGAAUAACUCUCAUCUGAUGAUAUCCACAAUGCUUUAUCUC